ACGUGGACGAGCGCGACCGGAACCCAGAUGCGAUUUCACCGCCGCGCGCCCUUUCUCUUGCUGCUGCGCGCGCGCUCACGCCUGGUGCUUAGCCACCCGCCCGCGCUCACGCUUCACGCUUCACGCGAGCGGAGAAAUCAAAACACUCCAACCAUCUACACUGAGAUGAACUGAGAAAUAACCGAGAAACCAUCGCGACUCAACGGACGAAUGUCAAGCAGAAAGCCCUCGCGGCGUUCCUCUAUCCGUGGAAGCAAAGGAGCGGGACGAACAACAGUUAAAUACGCCAGAGUUUGUGCGUUUCACGGAGUCUUGUGAUAUUUUACUCAAGAAGUUUUAAAAACAAGUUUGGACCGAAUUCUGUCUGGAGUUGGACGUUAUUUAGAUGACAUCCCGCCUGGUGCGCGGGAGCUUUUGAGGAGCUAUCUACUGAAGACCAAAAACCAUGGAUUUAUUCCUUAAUUUAACGGUAGAACUUUGAUAAACCGUCCGAAAUUGCAUGUAGCAGCUGCUUUGCAGUCUUUUCUAGCAUUUCUUGUUAAUGAAAAUAUCUAUUGUUGCCCUGAGGGACACAUUUUUUUGCUGUGACAGGACGCGUUUGCAGAGCCAAAUAUGUCAGUCCAUGAUGAAGAAGAGGAAACUCAACUAAUUCUCUGAGGGGAAAACACAUCUGAAUCAUAUAUUAGCGUUUUACUUACUGUACGUCGUUUAUUUGAGUUCAAUAAGUGAAUUCAUUUCGUAAUACAAUGUCUUAUAUAGCUUUAUAGCGGAACAUACCGAGCCGUUAGUAACGUUAGCACUCAAUCUCAAACCGGCUGGACUUGAUUCGUUAAAAAGUUGUGUAUCCUGGGGAAAACAAUUUCUCACAGAACUGACCUUUGGCAGUUUAUUGCCCUUUGGACUGCAGAGAGGAACUGGGAUAAUCUCACGUCAGCUAUCUUGGCACUUUAUUUGCGUGCGCCAGGCUGCCAGAUUUCUUUCUUUUAUCUUUGCCAUUAUUCGCCUACGUUUCUGUCAAUAUGGAGGAGUGGAGGCAGUGCGGGCGCUGGUUGAUAGACUGUAAGGUUUUGCCCCCGAACCACCGGGUUGUUUGGCCCUCAGCGGUGGUGUUCGACCUGGCCCAGGCGCUCAGAGAUGGGGUGCUCCUGUGCCAGAUGCUGCACAAUCUGUCUCCUGGAUCCGUGGAUCUAAAGCAGAUCAACUUCAGGCCUCAGAUGUCACAAUUUCUCUGUCUGAAGAACAUCCGAACAUUCCUGAAAGUGUGCCAUGAUAAGUUCGGCCUGAGGAACAGUGAGCUGUUUGAUCCCUUCGAUCUGUUUGACGUGAGGGACUUUGGGAAGGUGAUCUCUGCACUGUCCAGAAUCUCCCACAACAGCAUUGCACAGAUCAAAGGCAUCAGGCCCUUUCCAUCAGAGGACACUGCGCUUAAUGAAGAUGACGUGUACCGGAGCUUGGAGGAGUUGGCAGAUGAGCAUGAUGUGGGAGAGGACGACAUAUAUGACUGCGUCCCCUGCGAGGACGAUGGGGACGACAUCUACGAGGACAUCAUCAAGGUGGAGGUUAGACAGCCCAUGAUCAGAUACAUGCAGAAAAUGGGCAUGACAGAAGAUGAUAAGAGAAACUGCUGCUUGGUGGAGAUUCAGGAGACCGAGGCAAAGUACUACAAGACACUGGAGGACAUUGAGAAGAAUUAUAUGAUCCCCCUGAAGCAAGUCUUAUUGCCACAGGAGAUGGAGGCCAUAUUUGUGAAUUUAGAGGAUAUCAUCAAGGUCCAUUUUGCUCUGCUGAGGGCCAUUGACCUGACCAUGGUGAGCGGGGGCAACGGCCUGGGAAAGAUCUUUCUGGACUUCAAGGAGAGACUGCUCAUCUAUGGCCAGUACUGCAGCCAUAUGGAGAAUGCUCAGAAGACACUGGAUGAGCUGAUUGCCACACGGGAAGAUGUCAAGUGUAAAGUGGAGGAGUGUACCAUGAAAGUCCAGGAGGGGAAGUUCAAACUGCAGGAUCUUCUGGUUGUCCCUAUGCAGAGAGUCCUUAAAUACCACCUUCUGCUUAAGGAGUUAGUAAGUCACUCUAUGGACCGGCCGGAGAGGCAGCAGCUUAAAGAGGCACUAGAAGCCAUGCAGGACCUGGCCAUGUACAUCAAUGAGGUGAAGAGAGACAAUGAAACACUGAAGAAAAUAAGUGAAUUUCAGAGCUCAAUAGAAAAUCUACAGGUGAAGCUCGAGGAGUACGGUAGGCCAAAGAUAGAUGGAGAGCUUAAAGUGUGCUCUAUAGUUAACCGGACCAAACAAGACAGAUACAUCUUCCUAUUUGAUAAAGUUGUGAUUGUUUGCAAGAGAAAAAACUAUAAUUAUGAGUUAAAAGAGAUCAUCGAGCUUCACUUUUACAAGAUGUCCGAUGACCCCAUGAAUAACCGUGAUAUGAAAAAGUCAAGUGGGAAAAUGUGGUCCUAUGGCUUCUACCUGAUCCAUCUGCAGGGGAAACAGGGCUUCCAGUUCUUCUGCAAGACAGAAGACACCAAACGCAAGUGGAUGGAGCAAUUUGAGAUGGCCAUGUCAAACAUCAAACCCGAAAGAGCCACUGCCAACCAGCACAACUUCCAAAUGCACACGUUUGAAAAGAACACCAACUGCAGAGCCUGUAAAAAGCUGCUGAGGGGUAUUUUCUACCAGGGAUACUACUGUCCACGCUGUGGGACCGGUGCCCAUAAGGAGUGUUUGGAGAUCAUUACCAUCUGCAAAAUAAGUCCCCAUGAUUCGGAGCCGGGGCUUCCACAAUCAGGUCCAAAGAUGGUGGCCAUCAAAAAUUACCAUGGUACCCCUGCCCCUCCAGGCAAGAUACCACUCUGCUUCCAGACAGGAGAAGUCAUUGAGCUCCUUAAGGGAGAUCCAGAUACAUCAUGGUGGGAGGGCAAGCUCGUCCAAACCCAAAAGACUGGCUUCUUCCCCAGUUCCAGUGUGAAACCAUGUCUAGACCCUAAGCCUCUCCAGUCGUUUUCCAGCCGUCAGUCCUCCAGAGAAACGGAUUACUACGUUUAUCCCUGGUUUGCAGGAAACAUGGAGCGGCAGCAGGCCGACAACCUGCUGAAGUCUCACAGCAGCGGCACCUAUCUGAUCCGAGAGAGAACAGCAGAGGCUGAGAGAUUCGCAAUCAGCAUCAAGUUUAAUGAUGAAGUGAAGCAUAUUAAAGUUAUUGAGAAAGACAACUGGAUUCACAUCACAGAGGCAAAGAAGUUCGAAAGCCUUCUGGAGCUUGUGGAGUACUAUCAGAGUCAUUCACUGAAAGAGAGCUUUAAGCUGUUGGACACGACAUUACGGUACCCUUACAAAUCCCGGGAACGCUCAAGCUCUCGCACCAAUACCCGCUCACCAGCAGCCACCUGUGCUUCCUACAACUUCUCCUUCCUCAGUCCUCAGGGCCUCAAUUUCUCUUCUCAAAGCUCUGCUCCCUUCUGGUCAGUGUUCACACCCAGAGUAGUCAGCACAGCUGUGGCACGAUACAACUUUGCUGCUCGAGACAUGAGAGAGCUCUCCCUGCGAGAAGGAGACAUCGUCAAGAUCUACAGCAAGAUUGGUGGAGACCAAGGCUGGUGGAAAGGAGAGGCCAAUGGCAGGAUUGGAUGGUUCCCCUCCACGUACGUCGACGAGGAGGGGGUGCAGUGAAACUUUGGGAUCACAAAUCGUCCAAUCAGAUUGCGUUCUGAUCCGCAGCCCUCUGAGAGGACUCUUUGGUUUCCAUGGCAACACCUUAUGGAAGUCUUUUUGCUGGAACCAUAUUUUACAAUGAAUAUUUGUACUUCUGUCUCCUUUCAUCAUGUACGAAUAUGCUUUUUUUUUUUUUCCCUUUCUCGGAAUGUCUGUGUGAUCUCUGUGAAGAAAACUGCUCGGAGUCUGUUCGUUCUCAGCGUCGGGAGGAGGAAACUGUGAACGGAGCAGAACUUGAAGUGGCCAAAGGACAAGCAUGGCUUUAAGUUUGUACAGUAAUACCUGUAACGUGCGCUGCUGGCCACAGGGGUAUAAUGGGGGGUGGGGACAUAUAAAUAUAUAUAUAUAUAUAUAGAUAUAAAUAUAAUUUAUUAAAGAGAUAUAUCUAUGAUUAGAAUGCAACAUUGAACAUUUGUUCAACAGCAGCGGUGCAAAGAAUAUAUAAGAGCAGAAAAGAUGCACUUUGCAUUUCUUUACAGAGAGAAUUUGCCUUAGUAAAUGGUAAUGCCUUUAAAUGUGGAGGUAAAGAGAUGGAUUCAGACACAUCUUGCACAUAUACAAAUUCGUACAUCUGCCCUGUCCAGAAAUAUGGUGCCUUUUCAUACAUGUCUUCACUCCCAGCAGAGUCUGGUUUAUAUAGCUGCAGCAUUAACACCCUGUUCUGUAGUGGUGCACUCUCACGACCCUAUCCGCCCAUUCAGCUGGACUCUGCUCAACCAGAAGGCCAUAAAAGAGACUCGCCAUUUCUUGGACUGAAAUGAGCAGAUGACCAGAUCUGCUCAUCAUCUCACUGGAACAAGGGGCAGCUAACCGAAAGCAUUUGGUCAUGGCUGGAAUUGCUUUGGCUCGGACAAUGAAGGAUACAACCACCAUCAUGUGGCAGGAUGUCAAAAGUGCAAUGGAGUAUCAGGAAGAGGUUCCUUAAACACUGUUAUCUGUGAUUAGCAUUUGUUUUCAUGUUCUUAGUGGUCCAGAUUUGGACUGAAAAGGGAGAAUUGAAUGCUGUUCUGUGCACUGAUUUUCAUGAGUACCCAGAGGUUUUUGUUUUUUGUUUUGUUUUUUGUCGCCUUCUACAAGCACAUACGUAUUGCCAUUCCACUUUUCUCGUCUGCAACCUGCCGCAUUACAGUAUCUUGCCUUACUGGUGGACACUUGGUGCUACAGUCCUACACGUUGAAAUCCCUGAGUUAGGGCAGAAUUUUCUUUUUUGCUGUUGUUGUGGACGAGGAGACCUGCUGAAGAACCUCAGCCAUCAAGUGCACUUUAUCUGUCCAGAGACCUUUUAACACAGGACACUGCAGACCAGGACAUUUAAAAUUUCAUUUAAAAAAAAAAAAAAAAAAAAAUCAAUGUCCUUAUUUUUACCUCUGGAAGAAAAAAAAAGAAAAAAAAGAGUAUAAAAUGCUUGACACUAUAAUCAGUGGUCCCUCAAAGUCUGAUAUUGAACAUAUUGUAAACUCCAUAAGUGCAUGGAUGUGUCCCUCGUACAGUCCUUGGGGAAAAUCCUUUUGCUCUUGCCGGCCAUCAGAAAUCGAACCCGUAAAUUGAGGUGGGAGAGUGCUGGACUCUAAUAAAGCAUCUGACAUGUUUUUAGCUGCGCUCCAGGCUUGAGUACAGCUGUCUGCAGUGAUGGAAGAGUGAAGCUCAUGUCAAGGUAGCGCUGGGCUUAGGGGCUUAGUACCUGUUUGUGUAGUGGACAAAAAAACCAUUGCAUGUGGUCAUAGAUAUUACAACUGCUGUCCGUGGAUCCUGAAAAAACGAUUUUAAAAAAAAAAUGUGUAAAUUUUUUUGAAUGGUCAGUUAUUUGGAAACUGAGUUCUAUCAUGGAAUAAAUAUUUCUUUUUGACUA